CAUUAAAAAUUAGGCCUGUAGGUAAAUGGUACACACCUGCCACUAAUUCAAGUGAUUCUGAUUAAAACCUGAUACAAGUCAGCUGCUGUUUUUGCAUUUGCUUGCAUUUUUGGGGUUGCAUUCCACUAAGAGUCAUGGGGCCGCAAAGAGUUGGAGAAAAAACUGCAAGGGGAAAAUGUUUUAUAGUCUGUUUAAAGAAGUGUAAACUUUUUGGCCAUAAUUCUAAAAGGCGCAAUGGCUUUAGUGUCCGCAGAUACCAAAAUUGCCGAGCUGCUGACUGAACUCCAUCAACUCAUCAAACAGACUCAGGAGGAGCGCUCUCGCAGUGAACACAACCUACUCAACAUUCAGAAGACACAUGAACGGAUGCAGACAGAAAACAAAACUUCUCCAUACUAUCGGACAAAGCUACGUGGAUUGUACACCACAGCAAAAGCAGAUGCAGAGGCUGAAUGCAGUAUAUUGCGCCAUGCUCUUGACAAGAUUGCCGAAAUUAAAUCACUACUGGAGGAGAGACGGAUUGCUGCAAGGAUGGCAGGGGUGUACAACGACAGCGACCCUCCCCGAAAGACCAUGCGCAGAGGUGUUCUGAUGACCCUGUUACAGCAAUCUGCAAUGACGCUUCCUUUAUGGAUCGGCAAACCGGGUGAAAGUCCACCUCCUCUGUGUGGCGCAAUCCCCGCGAGCAGUGACUAUGUGGCAAAGCAGGGUGAUAAAGUGGCAGCUCGGGUUAAGGCUGUGGACGGUGAUGAACAGUGGAUCCUGGCUGAAGUGGUCAGCUACAACCACUCCACCAACAAGUAUGAAGUGGACGAUAUCGAUGAGGAGGGGAAGGAGAGACACACACUAAGUCGAAGAAGAAUCAUUCCGCUGCCACAGUGGAAAGCCAACCCAGAGACAGACCCUGAGGCACUGUUCAGCAAAGAUCAGCUGGUGCUGGCCCUCUAUCCACAAACCACCUGCUUCUACAGAGCCCUGAUUCAUAACCCCCCACACCGGCCCCAGGAUGACUACUCAGUUCUGUUUGAAGACACGUCCUAUGCCGACGGCUACUCACCGCCUCUCAAUGUAGCCCAAAGAUAUGUAGUGGCCUGCAAAGAGAACAAGAAAAAGUGAGAAGCAGAAUGAAGACCAAGACCUGAUUUAGUGCUCUUUAAGUUAGUGGUGAAUCAGACUCCUGCUGUGUAUAAUAACUGUCACCAAAUGGAUUUGAGUACAGGACUGAAUCUAAAAAGACUGAAUAUGAACUCUGAUAAAAACCUACAUGGGAUGUCUAAAUUCGUGUUUAUAUUUGUACAUGACUCUUGACUUAUUACUGGUGUGAAUGAUGAAUUUGUAUAAUUUGGGUUGUGUGUAGAUUGUAUGUGUUUUUGUACAACAUUUCUGUCAGUGUAGCGCCAAAGAAAAAUGACUGCAGAGAUAAAAAAAGUGGAGAAAAAUAAAGGAAGAAAACUUUUUCCAAGA